UUCACCGGGGCAGAGGUGGAAGACUACAAUCCUAAUGACGCGGCUGUAGCCGCCUUUGGCUUGCUUUCUGUCGACGUGGGAAAAGGUUUGCGAGCGCAUCAGCCCAAAACAACAUUCAGUGUAUGGGUGUAUGCGCGUGAGGUGAUCGCAGUGUCAUGCGCGAGGACGCGUAUCCCUGAACACAAAUACCAGCAUGUGGCUUAAACCCGAAGAGGUGCUUCUGAAAAACGCGCUGAAAUUAUGGGUUACGGAAAAAUCCAACGAUUACUUUGUGCUGCAGCGCAGACGCGGAUACGGAGAGGACAGUGGGGGAUUGACAGGCCUACUGGUUGGAACGCUCGACACAGUUUUCGACUCCACAGCCAAAGUGGCCCCGUUCCGCAUUUUACAUCAGACUCCCGACUCUCAGGUGUACUGGAACGUCGCCUGCGGAGCAUCUUUAGAGGAGAUCUCACAGCAUUGGGACUGGUUGCAGCAGAAUAUCAUCAGAACUCUCUCUGUGUUUGACUCUGGAGAAGACAUCACCAGCUUUGUCCAGGGAAAGAUACGGGGACUGAUAGCAGAAGAGCGCUCGUCUGCAUGUGAUGAGGAGGAUCCCGAACGGUUCCGGGAGGCAGUGCUGCGUUUCGAGCGCCUGUUCGGUUUGCCUCAGAGAGAAAAGCUAGUGACCUAUUACUCUUGCAGCUACUGGAGAGGACGAGUACCGAACCAGGGCUGGAUCUACCUCAGCACCAACUUCCUGUGUUUCUACUCUUAUAUGCUCGGCAAUGAGGUCAAACUAGUGUUUCCCUGGGAUGAGGUGAGCCGACUGGAACGCACAUCGAACGUGUUGUUGGCGGAGAGCAUCCGCGUGCGUGUGCGUGGAGAGGAUCAUUUCUUCUCGAUGCUCAUGCGGCUCCAGCAGACGUACCUGAUCAUGCAGCAGCUGGCCGACUACGCUAUUGUGCGCUUUUUCGACAAGGAAACAUUUCACGCAGAGCAUCCACUGGCUAACCCCCUUCACAUCACACAGAGGGCUCUAGAAAUACAUGCACGGAAUCAGUCAUUCCGAGCGUUUUUCCGGUUGGCUCAGGAAGAAAACCUCUGUGAAGUGUACGAGAGCUUCCUCUGGGUUCCUUUCAGCCAUGUCAACACGCUUGGAAAAAUCUGUGUAUCUGAGAACUAUCUGUGCUACGCCAGCCAGGACGGUUCUCAGUGCCAUCUCAUAAUACCUAUUUGGGAGAUAUUUAGUGUGGAGCUGCCAGAUCGCAGUACGCGGGCUCUGACUGUGUGUAUGCGUGGCAAGAGAGCGUUGCGAUUUUCUGAGGUUCGGGAUUUUGAACGACUUGCCGCCACUAUCCGCAGGAAAUGUGGGGCAGUGGGAAGUCCCCAGCAUUCCUUUAGCAAUCCGGAUGAGGAGGGUGUGAUGGUGGGCCAGAGUCAAGCCGUGAGCACUGAAGCUCUCAUGAAUGUCUUUCAUCCGCACGACGCAGAAAACCUUGACCCCAAAAUGCUGAAAGAGCGGAUGAAGGAGCAGUCGUGGCAGAUCCACUUUGCCGAAUACGGUCGUGGAACUGGAAUGUUUUGCACCAAAAAAACUCGUGAUCUCAUAGUGCGAGGAGUCCCAGAGACCCUCAGAGGAGAACUGUGGAUGCUCUUCUCAGGUGCAGUACAUGACAUGACUUCUAAUCCUGGGUAUUAUGGACGGUUGCUGGAGGAGUGUAUGGGCAGCAGCUCUCUAGCAUGUGAUGAGAUUGAGCGAGAUCUGCACCGCUCUCUACCCGAGCACCCAGCUUUCCAGAGCGACACAGGAAUCUCAGCCCUCCGCCGAGUCCUGACUGCUUAUGCUCACCGAAACCCCAAAAUCGGCUACUGUCAGGCCAUGAAUAUCUUGACUUCAGUGUUGCUGCUGUAUGCUAAAGAGGAAGAAGCCUUCUGGCUUUUGGUAGCUGUAUGUGAAAGAAUGCUCCCAGACUACUUCAACCGCAGAAUCAUCGUUUGUUUCUUAGGAGCGCUGGUGGACCAGGCUGUGUUCGAAGAGCUGAUCCGUGAGCAUCUUACCCAACUGACCGAGCACAUGACAGAUCUUUCCUUCUUCUCAUCGGUGUCGUUGUCAUGGUUCCUGACUCUCUUCAUUAGCGUGCUGCCAAUAGAAAGCGCUGUGAAUGUGGUCGACUGUUUCUUUUAUGAUGGAAUCAAAGCCAUCCUUCAGCUCGGCCUUGCCGUCCUCGACUACAAUAUGGAUAAUCUGCUGUGUUGCCAUGACGACGCAGAAGCGGUCACUGUCCUCAACAGGUUUUUUGACAAUGUCACAAAUAAAGACAGUCCCCUCCCAGCAACCGUACAGCAGGCGUCAGCGACAGCCAAUGACAAAUCAAUACAAAGGGUUGACAUCAGUGAUCUUAUCAAAGAGGCGUAUGAGAGAGUUAUUGAAAAACGAGUGUUUUGGUGGCAUAAAUAUGGAGACAUCCGUACAGAGGAAGUAGAAAACAUGCGGAAGAGGAACAAGUUGUACGUCAUUCAAACACUCGAAGACACAACAAAACAAAAUGUAUUGCGUGUUGUUGCUCAAGAUGUAAAGUUCAGCGCUGCUCAACUGGAUGAACUGUACGUGUUAUUUAAGAGGCAACAUUUCGUGAGCUGCUACUGGUCUGUGUCAAGUCCUGCACUGCACAACCAUGACCCCAGCCUGCCAUAUCUGGAUCAGUACCAGCUGGAUCAGUCCCAGUUUAGCAGUCUGUUUAACCUGUUGCAGCAGUGGACCACACAUACACAUUUACAAACGCUGGCGCGAUCAGCUUUCAAUCUUCUAGAUGAGAAUGGAGAUGGACUGGUGAACUUCAAGGAAUUUGUAAGCGGUCUGGAUAUCUUAUACAACAGAUCAUUUACAGAAAAGCUAAAGUUUCUCUUCAAAUUGCACCUUCAGUCAGGAAUCCAGGAGUGUAAGACUUUAAAGUCGUCUAGAUUUUUUCCUCCGGCUGAAGAUCACUCUUUCUCUGCUCAUCUUUCUGACUCGGCAGACGAUGGAGUGAUCAGGAGAUGUCCUGAGAAAGGUCGUGCUAAAGUCGACCUUCAGGAAUAUCUGAAACAGUGGCAGGAAGACUUGCAGCGCAGGGAAGAAAAUAUUAAAGAUCUGCCCCGAAUAAACCAGGUGCAGUUUAUCGGUCUGACAAAGACUUUGUACGGUCUAUUUCACGGUGAUGAAGAAGAGGAGAGCCUGUACCGUGCCGUGGCACGAGUGACCAGCCUAUUGUUGCGAAUGGAGGAAGUGGGACGUAAACUACAGGAGGGCAGUCCACAGAAAACACCCCAAACUUCACCCACUAGCUCGCAAAGCACAGCUCAGCAGCCCGAUGUCUCCCCAACUCCACCCAUCAGCCCUGAAACACCCGCCGAGUGUGAAGACACCCCGGAGCCACCCGAGUCUCCGGUCAGUCAACGUGAAACUGCACCAUCCAACUCAGACAUUACCCCUAACUCAGCCUCACGGCCCUCUACGCCCACCAGCAGUCCGACCGGAACCAACAGCCCCGCCUUGGACACACCCACAGACACGCCCAGCUCACCCUCCGCUGUCAGAGACGGAGACUGGAGUUUCUCCUUUGAGCAGGUUCUCGCUUCUCUUCUCAACGAACCGUGUGUCGUACGCUUCUUUGAACGGGCUAAGGACACAGACGCUCUGAUUGCACGUGCACGUAAAAACCAGCUUAAAGACAAACACUAAAGACAGGAACACACACAAUAUUUGAGCAAUCACAGCAAAACACUGCCCUAAAAGCCAUAAACGCGCUCUCUCUCUCUCCUUUACCCCCUCUUCUCUUUUUCUUUCCUGUUUUCUUCUUUUAUGCAACUUGGUCAGUGUUUGUGAUAAAAUCUUUUUGGAAGUCAUGUUGUUACAGUGCACAUGCAAACGUAAAGGGGGAAUUACAAUUCAAAGGGAUAAAAGAAAAGUAUUUUUGAAAUCGCAUAAUUCAGACUGCAGUGUGAGGUAAUGUGAUGUAAUGAAUUGCGUUAAAUGUUAUAGAUGUAAUAUACAGUAGAUAUAAGAUGAUGGGUAAGGUGUUAUGGAGAUGAUUGUAUAAGGUAUUAUGAUCUAAUGCAAUGCAACAAUGACUUUCAGGUAUUAUGAUGUAAAAUAAUUGAUGGGUGGGAGGAAAUCAUGAACAGUAGAUGUGAUUUGGGAUGAUGGCAUGUAUGUUAAAGCUUUGCCUGCUUUAUCCAUUAAGUAACCUCAGAACAUUCCUUGAGUUCACACGCACAUCCACGUCACCUAACCGUCAUUCCCAGCCUGACCUAGCACACGUACACAUACAGGAUUUACAUUCACUACAGAAUGAGAGAGGAUAUUAAAGGGAAAGACUAUGCUGUUGAACUGCUCAAAACAGAUCAAUGAUUUAAAACAUCUUAGUCCAUGCCGCAAAUGUCACUUUACAUGACUCUGCUAAUGUCGUUUUAGUUGCUUUAAAAGCUUGUUUAUAGAUGUUAGUAGUUGGACUAUACAGUACUGUACAGGAGGCGGAGCUUAGUGUUGUAACUCACUGUGUUCUGGGUGGAACUGUGUUGCACCAUUUUGGUUCCCAAUUUCAGUUGUUUAAUUUUGAUUUACCAAAUGUGUUUGUGUCUACAAGCGGAAACCGGAAAGGUGUUGCACCAUUUUGGUUCCCAAUUUUAAUUGUUUGAUUUUGAUUCACUGAAUGUGUUUGUGUCUACAAACCGGAAUCUGUGGUUUAUGCCUUAUUCAUUUUUUGAUUCAGGUCUUUAGUGCAAAUAUCACAAGUGCUUCCAUACAAAAGCUCAAAUUUUUCCUCAUAUAUUGAUUAAUAUAGGGAACAUCUGACUGCAAUUUUGCUAAUUAAUUUUCAAAUAUAUUUUAUUUUGGCAUAGAACAAGAAUAUUUUUUCCAUAAUAUUAUGAAUUGCUUUAGCCAGAGAAAUAUGUAAAUCUGUUGCACUGUAAAUUAUAUUCAAAGUGAAGUAAUUUAGUAUUUUGUCAGAAAGUUCAAGUUGUCAAACGUGCAAAUAACAAGUAAGUUGUAUGAUGCUUAAAAAAGGACCACUGAAUAUGCAGACUUGUUCUUAACUUUGUGUAAAUGCUGAGAGCUUGUGGUGUUGUAUGCAAGAAUAUACAAAAAAAGAGAAAUUUAUGUUUUGUUUCACUCUGUGGUUAUUCUGUUGAAAUACACCAGCUGACGUUUUUUUGUGACUAAUGAAGUUAUUUCAUUCGUCGAAAGGGCACCUCUGCUUAAGACAUAUUUUUUCUGUGUAAUUGGUCGGUUAAAAUGUAUCUACUGAAGUUUUUGGAAAAAAACACAGACUGUAAAUGUUCCAUAUUGUCACUCUUGCUGUUUGCUGCGUGUACUGCAGGGUAAUAGUGUGGUCGUUUAGGUUUUUUUAUUUUAUAUUUUUUAUUCUACAAACCUUUAUUUGUUACAAUCUGUUUGUGCCUCAUAAAUUCACAUUAUGGAAGUCUGUAAUGAUAAAAUAAAAUAUAUGAAGAAAUUA